CGUGGCACUCCUCUUGGUCCCUGACGAGACAGGACUGGGCUUGGAAUGCCUAACGAGCACUAGCGUCCUCAAUUCUAGGAAUACCAGCAGGUAUCAUUCCACUUACACGUAUCUGACCGUUCCCAGAAGGACCUCAUGACGUGGCGACGGACACGCACAAUGAAUGAUGCCUGCUUUCCACAAGCCGCAUUGUCAUGUCGUUGUACAUGGGUCGAGUACUACCAAUCGGGACCAAAACUUGGGAAGCAGGUUCUGGAAUUCGGCGCGCAUUAUAUGCUCUACAAUAGCUUAAGGAGCAUACUAAUCCGUUCCUGCAUCUUCUCUCAAACUUCAUUACUGCUUCCCCAAGAAAACCUGUCACUCUGUUUUUUCAACCCUGUGGUUGGCCAACCACGUCCACGUGGUCAAUCAUGCAAGUCAGAUUCAUGCCCGACGAGGCUGAACACAGCACCGGACUACUUCUCAGGACCCGAAUUUUUCCAUAAUCCGGGCGCCAGGACCUGCGAGAUCCCGGUAUGUGCGGCUAUGCCACCGGUGAGAGGGCGGGUGGCGGCAGUUACAUCAGUCGCGUUGUCUCUGGACAGCGGACGUUGGAUGAACCAGCUGUGGCGUCGAUCGCGUUGACCAUUCCAAAAGGCAACCGUAUUCCUGGAGGGAAGGGCAAUGCAAUGCAGACAAGAUACGUGGCUCAAAUGGCAAGGGCGGUUGCGCUUUCGAAAUGUCUACGAGCGAGAGAAGACUGGGAUUUUGAAAUGUCAAGCGGUAUUAUCACUGUGAUACAGGCCAGAUUAGAAGCUUGUCGACCGAUGGCCAUAUAUGG